GUUUCAAUACAAUGCAACCUCGUCAACUUUUUGAUAGUGCCUUUCGAUGUCUCCUGCCGACAAAUGUAAUCGAUGCCAGCAAUCUACGUCAGAUACCUGAUAAUCAAGAAGUAUUUUUGCAUCCAUCUACUUCUCAGAGUAUUAUUAUUGAGAUCAUGGAUCAUGUGGAUGCUAGUGAUCAUGAAGAUGCAGCUAGAGUACAUUUUGAUGCAAUUGGUGAGUCGAAUGAAGCCACAGACUCAAAUAUCUUUUCUGUUCGAACUGUAUCAUUACUUAAUCCAGAUAAUUAUUGUUCCUCUGUAGUUCUGUUACUUGGUCAACAGAAAGUAGCUAAAUUUGAUCACUCUACCGAAGAUGUUGUAUCAAUUCAUAUGGCUUUGUAUCGAUAUACAGAAUUCCAAGCUGAUGUCCUAGUUCUAGUCAAUGAUCCUGUUGAAGACGAUGAUAUCAAUACUUCACCAGAGGGAAAUCACAAUCAAGCUCAUUCCAGAUCUCAAGGCAAUGGUUUUUCAACAGACUUAGCGUGGUCACAAGAUAAAAUUGAUUCAUUACUCCUGUCUUUACGUCUAAGUGAUCCAAGUAUUUUCGUAUUUUAACAAUUGAAUACAGAUAUGUGAAAUGUUGUUAAUCUGCACAUUUUCUUCUGUAAAUAUAUAUAAGUAUAAAAGCCGAG